CACAUUGCAAAACAUUGCUGGGUCAAUACUUCACCCCAAAACGCGAAGUGCAGGGCAAAAUAUUACUUUUCCACAAUGAAUUUGUUAAUGAAAUUAACCUUCCUUGCCACCGUUUGGCUUUCGAGCACCUUUGUUUACGUGAAAGCGAAUUCUCUCGAGUACGAUGGUUGGCUAAACAUAGCACUGUUCCACGCGCUGGAUAUCGACGAUCCCAGCAAAUUUACCCUGCGAGGCAACGUUACGGUCACAAACCGCAACACCGGGCUGGUCUCGGUAGCACAGGAACCGCUCUCCCUGCAAGACCGAAACAAGCUGAAGCGAUUGGCCCAAGAGAACCGGCUGUACCGUCUCGAGGCACAUGUGACAGACUCCGAGGGAGUCACCAAGUUCCUUACCUCCUCCAAAGCGUGCGCACUGGCAAAAUCGCAGCUCACCGAUGUGCUGUGGGUUUCGCUGGACCAUACGGGCACGGUCACCGCCGUCACGCAAUCGGUCAACAAUGGCAACCUGAACGAGUGUGCCGACCUGUCCAACAGCGACGUGGACGUGCUGGACGAGUUUAACACGGAUGUGUACGUGAAGCAUACGGAGCCGGCUCCGAUUCCCGACACGGCUAGCUUCAUCCAGAAGAUGGAGCGCGAACGGGAGGCCCGGGAGCGGGGCGAAACCAAAGACAACCGUAGCUUCUUUGCGAAAUAUUGGAUGUAUCUUGUGCCGGUGGUGAUUUUGCUGCUCAUUUCCGCCACCAAUCCGGAAGCAGGACAGCAGCGCUAAGCGCGCAGGAACGGCAAGGAUCCUUCUGCUUCAGUUUCAUUUUCUGUCAUCCACACCAAAUAUAAAAGAAGCAGUACGAUGUGUGUGUGGGGAGUUCUCUCACUAUCGACGA